UACAUCGCGCUGACAGAGGGGCGACCAUUCCUUGAAGCUCCCAUCCAGGCGAGGGCCGCUGCAGCAUCCGUAAAGAGGGAAUAUCGGGGUUUUUUGUUACAGCUUGGUUUGAAAAGGUGGAAUCGGAAAAGAAAAAAUGUCUUAUCAAGGAAAAAAGAACAUCCCAAAGAUCACAAGCGACAGGCUUCUGAUCAAAGGCGGGAGGAUUGUGAACGACGACCAGUCCUUCCAUGCCGACAUCUACAUGGAGGAUGGCGUCAUUAAGCAGAUUGGCGACAACCUGAUCGUGCCGGGUGGCAUAAAGACCAUCGAGGCCAACGGGAAGAUGGUGAUCCCCGGCGGCAUCGACAUCCACACCCACUUCCAGAUGCCGUACCGUGGAACCACAACCGUGGAUGACUUUGCACAGGGAUCAAAAGCUGCCCUCGCUGGCGGCACGACCAUGAUCGUGGAUCAUGUGAUCCCCGAACCUGGUACCAGCCUGAUGGAGGCCUACGACCAGUGGAGGCAGUGGGCUGACGAGAAAGCCUGCUGCGACUACUCUCUCCACGUGGACGUCACCCACUGGAACGACAGUGUAAAGCAGGAGGUGGAUAAUCUCAUCAAGGAGAAAGGUGUGAACUCGUUCCACGUCUACAUGGCUUACAAGGACUACUACCAGAUGAGCAACAGUGAGCUCUAUGAGGUCUUCACCUUCUUGGCAGAGAGGGGAGGCAUCGCUCAGGUCCAUGCUGAAAACGGCGAGAUCAUCGCUGAGGAGCAGGCCCGGAUGCUGCAGAUGGGCAUCACUGGACCUGAGGGGCAUGUGCUCAGUAGGCCAGAAGAGUUGGAGGCGGAGGCGGUGUUUCGUGCCAUCACCAUCGCCAGCCAAACCAACUGUCCUCUGUACGUGACCAGGGUCAUGAGCAAGAGUGCUGCUGACAUCAUCUCACAGGCCCGGAAAAAAGGAAAUGUUGUGUUUGGGGAGCCAAUCACGGCCAGCCUGGGAACUGAUGGGACACAUUACUGGAGCAAGAACUGGGCCAAGGCAGCUUCUUUUGUAACAUCACCUCCUCUUAGCCCGGAUCCCACCACUCCAGACUAUCUGAACACGCUGCUGUCCAGUGGAGACCUGAGUGUGACUGGCAGUGCUCACUGUACCUUCAGCGUGGCACAGAAGGCCAUUGGCAAGGAUGACUUCACUCAGAUCCCCGAAGGUGUCAACGGGGUGGAGGAGAGGAUGGCCCUCAUCUGGGAUAAAGCUGUGACUACAGGGAAGAUGGACGAGAACAUGUUUGUGGCCGUCACCAGCACUAAUGCAGCUAAGAUCCUGAACCUGUACCCUCGUAAGGGUCGGAUCGCCGUGGGCUCUGAUGCCGAUCUGGUCAUCUGGGACACAGACUCUAUUCGCACCAUCACUGCCAAGACACACAACUCGGCUGCUGAAUACAAUGUCUUCGAAGGCAUGGAGCUGCGUGGAGCACCACUAGUGGUGAUCUGCCAGGGUAAGAUUGUCCUGGAAGAUGGGAACCUUCAUGCCACCUCCGGAGUGGGACGCUUCAUCCCCUGCUCUUCCUUCCCUGACUUUGCGUAUAAGCGCGUUAAAGCCAGGAAGCAGCUGGCUGUCCUGAGGGCAGUGCCCAGGGGAAUGUACGACGGCCCAGUGUCUGAAUUUUCCAUGUCCCGUGGUGGUACUCCCUCGGCCUCGGCGCGUACCUCUCCCACUAAACAGCCUGUCAGAAACCUGCACCAGUCUGGAUUUAGUCUAGCAGGUAACCCUGCACCAUGCGGUCCCCCCACCCCAGACGACAUCCCCAUCAGGCCUGCUGGCCGGCGUAUCGUAGUGCCCCCUGGUGGCCGUUCCAACAUCACAUCGCUCAGUUAAACAGCAGGAACACGAAGGGGACGCAUCCAGAAAACGACAACAGCCAGAGUGCAGGAUUGAGGGAGGGAUAGGGGGAGGGAAACGGGAGGGGAGGGAGGGAGGAGGAGAUGCAGAGGACCACAAUUAGUUAAAAGUUAAAAAGAAAAAAAGAAAAAAAAAAGCAAAACACUGAAUCCUCAUGCCUUACCUGUCACAAUGCUACUAUACUCAGAUGAGAAUAGCAUCCCUUUUCCUGGGGAAAGUGGUUUGGAAUUGCUACUAAAGGAUAAAAUUUCUACCAAAGUACAUUACACUUGACCAGUCACAGCCUCGCUUGUUUCUCAGUACAGAAUACAGAACACCUACAGGGAAAACACGCUCACUUGGUGCUUUGGCAAUGAGAAAAUACACUAGUACAACUUCAUACCAUCACAAGAAAGAAAAAAAAACAACUCAAAGGAAAAUGGAUACUGAUUUUCUCAGAUUGAUGCUAUGGUUCUUUCAUCCUGUUUGGCUUUCAAUGUCACCCCCCCUUUUUCAGUAGCCUGCUUUCUCCAUAGACAGCGAAACAUAACACUAGAUCCCACAUUAGCCAUGUAUUAUCAUGCAGUACCAUUGGUUAGCUCUAGGUGGCAUUGUAUAUAUGGUAGAUGUAAUGUAGCUUUGUGAAUGAUGUUGUUGCAGCCUGUUUGGGUUUACUGGACCAAGUUAAAUAAAAAGGGUAUUUAUCACAUCUGAGAGCAGGAGUGCUGCUGGACGUGGAGCUGCAUGGGCCGCAUUAGCAUGGGUGACGUGAUCCGUGGUCCUUCUGCCCUUUUACUCUGAGGUGUCUGAUAAAUACCUUCCCCAUGGUAUAUUGUACUGAUUAUUGAUGUUUAAAAAAAAAAAAAGAUAGACACAUCUGCUUAAAGAUUUCGUGAAGACAAAAGGAGAAUUAUUAGAAAGGAUGUUACUAUUCUUUAUCCCCAAAAGUUUUAUGUCGGUUUUUAUUUCCUGCACUUCAUCAUUGCUGUAUUAAAAAAAGAAGAAAAAAACAUUGCGAGAAACUGUCCUUUUCAUUCGCUUGUAGUUUACUGGCUGCUCCUAUAAUCCUGAAAUCAUCUUGAGAAGGAGAACGUCGGAGAAAAAAACACAAGAACUUGAUUAAACAAACAUCUCUUGUUGGCUCAACCAUAACAUGUAACGGAGAGAUUUGCAACUAAGGGCCACUACAAAAAAAAAAGAUGCAAUGAAAUUAUUAAGUAACACAAACCUGCUUUCAGAUAACAGCACUUCACCUCUGGCUUUACUUUUUCCAUUCCUGACCAGCUUUUAGGACAAGCGGAAGACCAUCAUUCCCUUGUCAUCCUAACAUAGCCCUCUAACGCAAUGCUCAACGCGUUCAACACCAGCCCGAGUGUAACUGAGCCCAGUUCAGUUUACCUAAAAACUCUGGAUCGGAUUGUGUUGGGGGGUGCACUAAAGCUCUUUUUCUAUAUCUCUGCUGUUUCCUGAUAAGGCAGAGGAUUGUGGUGCAGUAAGGGAAGCUUUUAUUCUGUUGUUGCCCCAUUGUGGGGGAGGGAGGGAAGGAGAUGGUGUUUUUUUAUUUGACAGACUGAGGCAGGCACACGUGGUGGUUUGUUGUAUUUAUGUUAGUUUGACAACCUUUGUUACUGUUUUUAUGUUGUUUCUUUUUUUACUGUUGGCUCAAAACCCAGAAAUGGCAGGUCAAAAAUAAGGUGUGGUGUGGAAGUAUGAUUUGUUUCCUGAAUAAACAUGAGUUGCAACUUA